AUGGCCAACAUUCCGCUGCACUGCAACAUUUGCCCCAAGAAGCCAAACUUCAGCGAUGUCUCGCAUCUACUCACCCACAUCGCCAGCAAAGGCCACUUAUCCAACUACUACAAGGUCAAGGUCCGCUCCACCAACGAGGAUGCAUCCCGCCGGCUCAUUGAGACGUACGACCAGUGGUAUGCCGAAUGGGCUGUCGAAGAGCUCAUGUCGGACCGGAUGAACCAGAAGGACAAACGCCGUACCCGCGCGAGACCCUCUGCCCGGCCGACGCCUCCGGUCAAGAUCGAGGCCCCCGCGCCACGUCCUCUACGUCGCGCCGCCGCAAGCACUCUCCUCGAUCCACGCCUGUCGGAGCAGCAGCACACGAUGAUCAAGCUAGAGCAAUCACCUUCUCCGACGCCGCAACCUCACGGCCCGGUCCUCCGCAAUCGCAAUACCUUCGCACCUCAUAUGCAGUACUGGCCUACAGAGUCUCGCGCCAGCUCUCGCAGCUAUACAAACCCAGACUAUGAUACUUCCAGUGAAUACUCCGAUCCGAGCGAGCAGCGUCGGAGGUCAUACCGGUACAACGCUGCGGCUUCGUGUGCCGUUGAAGAUGAACCUGCUGAGGUCGCAGAUCCGAUGGCUGUCAGCGAGUCGACCAAACUCAAAGGUGUCUACUGGCCUGGCAUGGACAUCUUCGACUCUGCUACCCCAGAGAUGCGGCGUAAGAGGAACCAAAAGAAGGACAGCUCUGUCGUCGAACAGCUGGAGCUCAACUCACAAGUAGUCGAAGCAACUGAGCUCAUCUUCACACCGUUGGGAUCUUUCAAACGCCAGCGCAGGAUCUCUUGCUCGGAGUCUGACGAAGAGGAUGAGGUCGAGAUUAAGACUGAGAGCCCCCAGCCUGUACGUCGGCGACCUGCACUCGCCAGUCUUGAUGCAAACACUACUCGCCGCUCUACUAGACAGUCCAAGCGGCCCGUGUUUCCUAUUCUCAGCCGCAACCAAUACGAUGAUGAUCGCGGCCGUCCUGGCUACGACCAUAGUCGCAACAACCGUGCUCCGAAGCGGAAGCAGUUCGACGUUUACCAAGACGAGGAUGACGUUCCAUUCUCGCAGCCCAAUGGCAUGAACUAUCUUACAUCGGGCUUCACUCACCAAGCAUCUCCAUCUCCUGCACCUGCAUUCAACUCUUACAAACCCUUCAACGACCCAUUCCAGUAUGAUAACAAGGAGAACGUUCUGCCUUCGUUCCACCAAACGGCUUAUGGUAACUUUCAUGGCCAUCAGAACAAUGCCUACCAGUAUCCCACCUACUCCUAUGGCAUUGGGCCUGAUCAACAGGCCUUCCAGUACACCAGUCAUCUCUACAACACUGCAAGCGCGUACCAGCAACAGGACCAAGAUGACGAUGACCAACGUACCAUCACAGCUCCACCUUCGCCGUCUACAAGCUAA